GGUUUAAAUGAUGUAUGUAUGUGUCAAGUCACCAGAUCUCAACCCAAUUAUGGGAGAUUCUGGAGCGGCGCUAAGACAACGGUUUCCAGCAUCAACAAAACACCAAAUGAUGGAAUUUCUUAUGGAAGAAUGGUGCCGCAUCCCUCCAAUAGAGUUCCAGACACUUGUAGAAUCUGCCAAGGCGCAUUGAAGCUGUUCUGGUGGCUUGUGGUGGCCCAACGCCCUAUUAAGAAAUGUUAUGUUGGUGUUUCCUUUAUUUUGGCAGCUGUAUGUGAGUGAGGUUUGAAUAUUCAGCAGCACUCAUCCACCCUGCCACAAGGUGGAUCUAUCCUCAUUCCAGUCAAUAUUUGUAAUACCCAGUUGCUCAAAUUGAAUACUGCUGUGUGCUUUGACCCUGGGUAGUAGCUGAUUUGUACAUCUAAAAAGACAAACACGCAGAUUGCUCACUUUUCCUGCCCUAUGGUCAGGCUUGAGUCAAUCAUUACACAUAGGGUACACAUUCAACUUGAGUUGAGCUCUGUCCAGAUUUUGCCACACUGCCUUAGUGCUAAUCCCGACUCUGCAAUACACAGCUCGCACACGGAGCACAGAGGAAAUCCAGAGGUUCACCAUACCCGGUGUACAGGUGCUCCCUGCAAGGACAGCCUGAUGGCUUGUGUUGUGUCCCUGUAUCGGCCUUUAUCUUUACUAGCCCCUGUGGGGGUGAGGCGAGCCAUAGUUUGCAGAAUGUCACUGGACAUGCGAGCACGGGAGGUGUUUGCUACGGCUAUCGAAGCUGUGCAACCAGACAUUGUGAUGCGGCGGGGUCUGGAGCGUACAGGAGACACCCUCCUAGUGAAUGGACGCAGCUUCACGCUAAAGAACAACCUUCACCUGGUAGGCUUUGGCAAAGCUGUGCUGGGCAUGGCUGCCGAGGCAGAGAGGAUAGUGGGGGACCACUUGGUGAGAGGAGUGAUCAGUGUGCCACACGGCAUUCAGGAGACAAUACGGCAGCAUGGGAAAGACCAGAUGUUGUUGAAGGAUGGAAGUCGCAUCACAGUGAUGGAGGGAGCUAAACACAACCUGCCAGAUGCUGAUGCCCAGAGGGCAGCCGAAUGUAUCAAGGAGCUGGUCAGCACACUAACAGAGAAUGACAUGUUGCUUGUACUCAUCUCAGGAGGAGGGUCUGCACUCUUGCCUGCACCAGUCCCACCAAUCUCUCUUCAAGAGAAACAGGAUGUUACACGCAGACUGGCUGGUGCUGGUGCCACCAUUCAGGAGCUUAACUCUGUACGCCGUGCCCUGUCAAUUUUGAAAGGAGGAGGACUUGCACACUGCGCUCACCCUGCUCAGGUGGUGGCCCUGGUUCUGUCUCUUAAAGACCUUCAAGGGGGUCAUAUUGAGGUCAUUUUGACCAUAGUCCAAUGA